CGCCGCGUGCGACGGGGAGCGCGCGGGCCGUCGCCAUGGCGACGCGGCGGCGCCAUGGGUCCAAAAAAGCAAAAAAAGUCCAGUGGAAAAAAGAAAGUCAGCAAAGCUGAAAAACUGAGAUUACAGAAAGAAGAGGAGGAAAGGAGGCUAAAAGAGGAAGAGGAAGCCCGACUGCAAGCUGAACAAGAAGAAGCAGCUAGACUCGAAAAGGAGAGGAUUGAACGGGAGCAUGUGGAAAAGCUUGAGGCAAAAGAUCAAGAACGAAGGGAAGAUGAACUAGCAGAACUUAAUUCACUGGAAGAGAAGUUUGUGUGUGCACAAAGGUGGAAAACAGAGUAUAGAGCUUAUACAAAGUGGGAGCACUAUAUUGCUUGUGAUGGAAGUCCUGACCCAACUGUGCUGCAGGAAAUAAAUACUUUCAUGAACCUGUGGCGUGAAGAUCAAAAUGAGGACAUUCAGUUUGUGGUGGAGAAGGGAGAACAGGUGCUAAAUUUAAUAGAGAAGUUGCAGUUUCUUUUGUUGGACACGCCACCAAAUGAGAUAACAGAAAAAGAAACAGCCCAGUACCAGGAAACGAUUCUGGACCUGGAGACUCUUCUUCAUCAAAAGUACAAUGAAGCAACAGAACACUUGCUUAAAUCAGCUAUUACGUACGAAGAUUCUGACACUGGAAAUAUGCAGACAGUCAUAAAGGAUAAAAAUGUUACUUUCUGUAUUUGGGCCAAUCUGAAGAAGAAAGUAAGGUUCAAGAAUCAUGUCUUUUGUGACACACAUCAUGGGUUUGAUCUUCCAAAGUCACUGGCUGUGAGCAGCAUUGCUGUUCGCAUACUGCACACUCACUACGACCACGUAUCUCCGCUCUGGCUGCAGUGUCAGAGUGUGCCAAGAUUGGAAGUCUUAGACAGCAAAGAGUUAACUCAGCAUUCAGAAGACAAUGCAGGAGAACCAGAAGAAGACAAAAAGGAAGCCGGAGAGGAGCCCAACAUGACUGCUGAAGAAGAAAAGCUUCCUGAUGAGAGAAAUAGUGCUAUUUCAUUGAGAGGAAACACAAGUAGCGUAGCUGAUAUAAAUGAGGUGACGGAAGAGGGAACUGAGAAGAACUCAGAAAUCUUGGACAUCCCAGCAGAAGUUGAAAUCCCACAGAUGCAGGAAAAGACCGGUGAAGAAGAGGCAAUAACUGAUGAAAGCACUGUUGAUUUGCAACAGUUUGUCCCUGUGGGUGGUGUGUACCACAUCGAUGCGCUGCAACUUCCACCUCAGGUCCAGCAAAUCAACAGCUGGAGCAUGGUGGAGUUACUCGAUGGUGGCUUGGAGGCAUACCCCUAUCCACCAGAAGAGCCUGAAGAAACCACACAUCCACCCAUACAGAUAACACUCAGGCUUCCUGACAGCGUGCUCUACUGGAAGGAGCCUGUGAUAGCCCGAUGGGAUCCUGCAGGCCAACAGUGGAGAACAGAUGGCAUCAGCAACAUAACAUACAGAACACAGGAGAAAAGCAUCACUUUUGAUAUAGGUGCCUUUUAUACAAUAGCACUUCUCCAAGACAUCCAUCUCAACAUGCCCUAUCAGGCAUGGGAAUUGCAACCCACCAGUACUGAUGAAGCACUAUUUGUAGUUACUACAGUCUUUGCAGAGGUUCAGAUACAAAUGAAGGGUAAUCAGUGUAUGCUGGCUGCAGUAGUGGUGGAAAAGAAGAGCGUGCUUCCCCAUCUGGUAGGAAAAUGGAUGUGCCCAAUCACCUUAAGAAGAGUUUUGAAAAAGGGUGGUCUGAAUAUCUUCCCAGAAGAGCAUUCAUACAAAUAUGUCUGUGUGAACAAAAAGGCUCCCCUAACAGAAGUUAGGGCAUAUCGCCAAAUGGCCCUGGUUGCAUCUGCUUUUGCUUUUGGCUGGAGCAAAUGGAAUCUGGAAUCAGGUCAAGAUCAAGUAGUGUUCAAGGUAAGUGAGCAUCUUCAAGGAGAUUUUGUCAAAGAUGAGGACUGGUCUCUUUACAUGUUUAAUGGUCAGAGAGCACAGAAACUCAAGAUCACCGAAGCCAGUGAAGCUUUCUCAGCAGAACUAGAAGAAGAUUCUGAAUUUCACUCCACGCUCUACCACAUGCUGAAAGAUUUUGCCAGCAAAGAAGCAAUUGAUAGAGUGAAUACAGCUAACUUUCUGUUUGUUGAUGUUGUCUAUCAGCUGCUCCUGGCUACCAGAGUUUUAACGUACUCUUAAAUACCUCAUGCUUUCAUUUAAAACUUUAUUAUCAAAACCUUUCAAUAAAGUCACAUUUCAAAUCUUAA